GGGAGCUUGCUCUCCCAACAGUUUAUUGUAUACAAGCAGAAACUUAUUAUCAUAUUGGUGUAGAGUUGAAUGUUGAAUUCUUAUUUGUACAUCCAUUCUUUUUAUAAUUAACAUUUCUUGUGAUAAUAUGUUAUUUAUACAAAUUUCAAUGUAGAAUAUCAAACUUAUUUGAAACAUCUAUGUACUGUGAUUAGGCUUAGCCACACCCCAUUGCGGCGUUUGUGUUUUGGUUAUAAACAUUCUUCUCUUCCAACAGAAACUUACUUCAGGGGGUGUUGUAGAAACAAUUCUCAAGCAACAAAAUGGCUUGUUGCAUGAGUGAUGAAGCCAAAGAACAGAAGCGAAUAAAUCAAGAAAUCGAGAAACAGUUAAGAAAAGAUAAGAGAGAUGCUCGUAGAGAACUUAAACUUCUUUUACUUGGUACUGGAGAAUCCGGGAAAAGUACUUUUAUAAAACAAAUGAGAAUUAUUCAUGGUUCGGGAUAUUCUGACGAAGACAAACGCAGUUUCAUUAAACUUGUGUACCAAAAUAUUUUUAUGGCCAUGCAGAGUAUGAUAAAAGCGAUGGAGCUUUUAAAAGUUGAAUAUAAAGACCCAUCAAAUCAUGAACAUGCCGAUUUAGUUCGAGGCGUUGACUUUGAAACCGUUACUACUUUUGAAAAUCAAUUUGUCACUGCAAUUAGAUCGUUGUGGAAUGAUCCAGGCAUUCAAGAGUGUUACGAUAGAAGAAGAGAGUACCAGCUAACAGAUUCUGCCAAGUACUAUUUGUGCGACUUGGAGAGAAUUGCUCGUCCUGAAUAUUUACCAUCACAGCAAGAUAUUCUUCGAGUACGAGUGCCAACUACAGGAAUCAUUGAAUAUCCUUUUGAUUUGGAUUCUAUUAUAUUCAGAAUGGUUGAUGUUGGAGGACAACGUUCUGAAAGAAGGAAAUGGAUUCAUUGUUUUGAGAAUGUAACUUCUAUAAUCUUUUUAGUUGCCUUGAGUGAAUAUGAUCAAAUUCUCUUUGAAUCAGAUAAUGAGAAUCGGAUGGAAGAAAGUAAGGCUCUAUUCAAAACGAUCAUCACAUAUCCAUGGUUCCAAAAUUCAUCAGUCAUACUUUUCCUUAAUAAAAAAGAUCUCUUAGAAGAAAAAAUUAUGGUCUCACACCUUGUUGAUUACUUUCCUGAAUAUGAUGGUCCUAAACAAGAUCAUAUAGCUGCCCGAGAAUUCAUUUUGAAAAUGUAUCUUUCACAAAAUCCUGAUCCAGAUAGGAUGGUGUAUUCUCAUUUCACCUGUGCAACAGACACCGAAAAUAUUCGACUGGUCUUUUGCGCUGUAAAAGAUACUAUCCUGCAAAACAACUUGAAGGAAUGCAAUCUGGCUUGACAAAUUGGAAUUAAUACAUCCUUUCUCUAUACUGAAAAUAUUAGGUUUGUGUUUGCUGCAGUAAAAGACACCAUUCUCCAGCAAAACUUGAAAGAAUAUAAUCUUGUAUAGGUGGUAAUGUUAGAAUUUUUACUAUUUUGACUUUUUUCAUGAGUCACUGUGGAAGAAGCUACCUUUUGGUUAGUACUUCCAACAGUGAUUUCCUUUUCCCGAAACAAAAUCAAUUUUGCAACUUGUGAACUAUAUAUAUAUGUAUAUAAAUAUAUACACACAUAUAUAUAGUAAAAUAUACUUUUGAGGAUGUUUUAUGAUGUCCGACAGAGAUGUGAUUUUAGUGAGCAAGUGCUAUCAGUAAACAAAUGCCAUUGAGACAAUUUGAGAAGAUUUUGAUCACUGAUAGCUUAUGCUGAUUCUUAUUCUGAAUGAAUGCCCGAGGCAGAGCUUUAUGGGAUUUGUUUUUAUGGUUUCUUUUCCAUCCAUAGUGAACUUUAUAGCAUAUCUAAAUCAUAAUUUUAUAAACAAAUUCAAAAGGAAUCUGAAAAUUUUCAAUGUGCCAAUUUGCUCUUAAAGAGGAAAAAAAAGAAAAUAUGCUCACAAUUUAUACUAGUGUUUUUUUUAUGAUUUUUUUUUUUUUUUUUUUUUUUUUUUUGCUGUAAUGUUUUACUGAAAUUUAGUGUUUUCCCCUGAAUUUGAAACUUGAAUAUUGAAUGAUUAAAUUGUGCAUCAUGCUGUUUUGAAGCUUAAUUUUUUGCAUGUAAGUUACUGUCAAAAUUGUAAAUUAUUAAAUAACAAUCUGUGAUCAAUAACUGUAUAAACAGUGCUUCAGUGUUGUCAACAAUAUUCAAUGUGCUCACACUGUUCCCCCAUAUAAUGAAUAGCUGCAAAGCAUUGUGUUUUAAUGGGUCCAAAAUUUUGAAAAUAGAGUUUACUUUUUUGUUACCAAUUUCAAGAAAAAUAUUUUAGACGAUUUAAUUGAAAUGUGGUUUUAUUUUUCCUUCCUUUUAAAUACUCACCGGUGAUUUAAUGAUAAUUGUUUGAAGUUAUGAAUUAAAAUGCCUGCAUCUUUUUGCAUUUGAAAUCAUGGAUGUGGGCAUUUAAUUUUAACCCAUAUUCUGAACAUUCAUAGUGUACAUAAUGCAAUACUUGAAAAAUGCUAGUCUUUAAAAAGUAUUAAGGUUUACCAAAAAUACAAAGGAAAUUUACUGUAAAUGAUUAAAUUUUUUAAAUACCCUUAUUUCUUGCUUUAAAAGUUGCUCUUUUUUCCCUUUGAUGCAUGGUAAUUUAUAUUUUUGAUUGUUUUCAAUAUAUGUAAUCAAAAUACAGCACUCAUUCUAAAUAUUCUGCUAAUAGUUAAUUUGACGAGUUAUGUAUUUUAAUUUAUUGAUUUAUAACUUAAACUUAUUUUCAUUUUUAAAGUUUGCUUUGUAUUUAUAAAAAGCAUUUCUACUGCUUUUGUUAAUUUGUAAAAAUAUUAUUUUUCUGUAAUUAAAUUCAAUUGAAAGUUUAUGAAUGGAACUGUUCUUUGCAUUUGUAUUUGUUGUUUUAUUCUGUUUGAAUUCUUAAGUCAACUUUGUAUCAUAGAUGAAUUUCCCUCUAUUGCGAGUGUCAUGUAAAUUUUUAUGUUACUGAUCAUGUGUUUCAUCAAUACUGAUCAGCCUUCUUAUAUUGUUGGUGCUUUUGAAUAUACUACUAUUCCAAAGGGGGGGAGGGAUAUUGCAUGUAAUGGUAGUGUAAAAAUCCUGUUUUAGUGUAACUAUGCUUUGAUAUAUAUACUUAUAUGUAUAUAUACAGAAUAGAUAAUUGCCGUGCUGAAGUUUUGUAAAAUAUAAACUGUUGCAUUUUGUCUUGAGACAUCUUUUUCAGGCAUUUGUUAUUUACAUGCCAUUUAAUGUUUGUAAAAUUAAAGUAAUCUGAAUGGUGUCUUGGCUGCUACCGUGCUCAGUACAUUUUAUAAAAUUUGAAAUCAUUUCAUACAGUAAAUAAAAUGUAGUGGAUACUUUUUUUAGCUUUUCCUUUAGAAACUGAUUAAUAAAAAUGCC